CAAUUCGUCACCUUUGAUUUUGGGAAUGUGACAAAAAUCAAUCUGGGUUGUCUGAUUUCUUUUUUUUCUUUCCUUCUAUGACUUUCUGUCUGAUUCGAUUGUUCAGGCGAUUCAACUCUUCUUCAACGCCCUGAGUCACAGGCGAUUCAUUUUUUCAUCUUCCUUGUCCCCGUUGACCUGUUUCGAUCUGAAAUGGUGUUUAUGCUGCUGUUGAUUCCAAGUUAAAAAAACAGAGACCUUUUUCAGGUGGAUUUGAAUGUAAAAUUAGGGGUGUUCAUUGAAUGGACUUGAAAAUGGAUAAUGUAAUUGGGGGCAAAUUUAAGCUUGGUCGGAAGAUCGGUGGUGGCUCUUUUGGAGAGCUUUUUCUAGCUGUAAGUCUGCAAACCGGAGAGGAAGUAGCUGUAAAGCUGGAGCCUGCGAAAACUAAGCAUCCCCAACUUCAUUAUGAGUCGAAGAUAUACAUGCUUCUACAAGGAGGAAGUGGCAUCCCCAGCCUCAAGUGGUUUGGGGUUCAGGGAGACUACAAUGCAAUGGUCAUUGAUCUCCUUGGGCCGAGUUUGGAGGACUUGUUCAACUAUUGUAAUAGGAGGCUCACUUUGAAGGCAGUUUUGAUGCUUGCUGAUCAACUGAUUAGCAGAGUUGAGUAUAUGCAUUCAAGGGGAUUUCUUCACCGUGACAUAAAACCUGACAAUUUCUUGAUGGGACUUGGUCGUAAAGCAAACCAGGUGUAUAUCAUUGACUUUGGCCUUGCAAAGAAGUAUAGGGAUCUUCAAACACAUAGGCACAUCCCAUAUAGGGAAAAUAAGAACCUUACGGGUACAGCAAGGUAUGCUAGUGUCAACACUCACCUUGGAGUUGAACAAAGUCGGAGGGAUGAUUUGGAGUCUCUUGGUUACGUGCUCAUGUAUUUCCUGAGAGGAAGCCUCCCAUGGCAAGGACUAAAAGCUGGCACAAAGAAGCAGAAGUAUGAUAGAAUAAGUGAGAAGAAAGUUUCAACUCCUAUAGAGGUCUUGUGCAAGUCACAUCCACCCGAAUUCGUAUCAUACUUUCAAUAUUGCAGGUCUUUACGAUUCGAAGACAAACCAGACUACUCAUAUCUAAAGAGGCUAUUCCGAGACUUGUUUAUCCGUGAAGGUUAUCAGUUUGACUAUGUAUUCGACUGGACUGCAUUAAAACACCCUCAGAGUUCCAGAUCCCACUCCAGCUCCCACGAAAGGCAUCGAACCAGCAGACCAGGGAUGGCUGCGGGACCGUCUGCUGAAAAACCUGAAAGGAUUUCAGUAGGGAACAUCCGCGAUAAAUUCUCAGGUGCGGUUGAAGCAUUCGCGAGAAGAAACGCAAGAGGACCCAGUCCCCAUCAAAACCAUACCAGACAUCGAACUCUUGACGAAAUUCCUUCAAUGAAACCUGCUGUGAAUAUGGUAUCUGAGAAAGGAAGAAACACUUCCAGAUACGGCAGUGCUUCAAGGAGAGCAGUAGCAUCAGGGAGUAGGCCGAGCUCAUCAGGAGAACAAAGGGAAAGCCGAGACUCGAGCCGCGUGGCCUCAAGCGGUGGCAAUGCCCGACCAUCUGUCUUUCAGAGAACCCAAGCGGCAGCUGGUGUGAGUGGAUACGAGUCAAAGACAGCAUCUGCCUUUAACCGCGACAGAGUGGCUGCUUCUAGGACAGCACGUGAUGAUGCUCUCAGAAGCUUCGAGCUUCUUUCCAUCCGCAAAUGAAGAAGCCUUCAAUGGGCUCUUAUCUGUAAAUUGGAUUCUUCUUCACAUUGUAUGUUGUUUGGUCCUCCGUUUCCACGAAACUCCCAAUUUUUCAUGUAUUAUUAUUAUUAUUGUCAUCUCUGGAUUUUGUAUCAAUUUUUACACACUUUUUAUUGUAAUCACGACGACUUGUUAAGCUUAAUUCCGUGUAUCAUACCAUUGAACUCUAAACUAA